AUGCGCAUCACCAGCCUACACCUCGGCGUCCUAGCGGCAGUCGUGUCGUGGGCACCUCAAGUCGGUGGCAUGGCGGCUGCUGGCUGGCGAGGUCAGUCCAUCUAUCAGGUCGUGACCGACAGGUUUGCCCGGACCGAUCUCUCCACCACAGCGGCCUGCAAUGCCUCGCAACAGGUCUACUGCGGAGGCACGUGGCGGGGGCUGAUCUCGAGGCUGGAUUACAUUCAGGGCAUGGGCUUCACGGCUAUCUGGAUAUCGCCAGUAGUAAAGCAGAUGGACGGCAACACGGCCGACGGCUCAUCUUACCACGGCUACUGGGCCCAGGACAUUAUGGCCCUGAAUUCAGCCUUUGGGACGCCGACUGACCUGGCAGCGCUUGCUGCGGCGUUGCAUGUUAGGGGCAUGGCCCUCAUGGUUGACGUGGUCACUAACCAUAUGGCCUACAAGGGCUGUGGCUCCUGCGUCAACUACUCUAUCUUCACUCCCUUUUCGUCGGCUUCAUACUUUCAUCCAUUCUGCUUCAUCGACUACAGCAACCAGACCUCGGUCGAAGUGUGCUGGCAAGGAACCAACACUGUCAGUCUGCCAGACCUCCGCACCGAAAGCGACGAUGUCCGCCUAGUAUGGAACAACUGGAUAGCUGGCUUAGUCUCAACUUACUCGAUCGACGGCCUGCGAAUCGACAGCGUGAAGCAUGUCGAGCAGUCCUUCUGGUCUGGGUUCAUGGCCGCCGCCGGUGUUUACGCAGUGGGUGAGGUGUUCAGCGGGGAUCCUGCCUACACAGCUCCCUACCAAAAGUACAUUGACGGCGUGUUGGACUACCCCAGCUACUACUGGAUCACUCGCGCUUUCCAGUCCCCAGCUGGUAGCAUUAGCAGCCUCGUCGACGGCCUCAACACGCUCACACAAGCAGCCCUGGACCCAAGCCUUUAUGGAUCGUUUAUCGAGAACCACGAUGUGCCGAGGUUUCCAUCGCUCACGGGCGACGUUGCACUGGUAAAGAAUGCGAUUGCGUUUACCAUGCUCAAAGACGGCAUUCCCAUCGUGUACCAGGGACAAGAACAGCAUUAUUCUGGCGGAGCCACCCCGGCCAACCGAGAGGCGCUUUGGCUCUCGGGAUACUCAACCAGCUCCGAGCUCUACAGGUGGAUCAGCCAACUGAACCAGAUCCGGACGUGGGCAAUCUCCCAAGACGCCGGCUAUCUGACAUAUAAAGCACGCCCUAUCUACUCGGACGGCCACACAAUAGCCAUGCGCAAGGGUCUCCCGGGCUACCAGGUCGUCGCCGUCUUUACCAAUAUCGGUUCCGCCUCGUCUUCUACUGUCGCACUGCCCUCGUCGGUGACGGGAUUCAACGCAACCCAGUCGCUCAUCGACGUCAUGAGCUGCACUACAGUGGUCGCCGACUCGAGCGGCGGUCUAGCAUUGGCUCUGACUGGCGGUCUUCCGAAGGUUUUGUACCCGUUGGCGCGCCUCUCUGGCAGCGGAGUAUGCCCUUCCACGGUUCCCGGAACCACGUCGAGUUCAGAAACCCCCACGACGACAUCCCCAACGACCUCGACGUUGAGAUCAUUAAGCAUAGCAAUCACCUUUAAUGAACUCGUGACCACAACCUUUGGGGAUACUAUCAAAAUCACCGGCAACGUCGCUUCUCUAGGAAACUGGAACCCUAGCAACGGCGUCGCUCUGAACGCAUCAAAGUAUACCACCAGCAACCCUUUGUGGUUCGGCACGGUUUCCAUUGCUCCUGGGAGUGUCGUUGCUUACAAGUUCGUUAAGGUAAGCAGCUCUGGGGCGGUGGCGUGGGAGGCCGACCCGAACCAUACCGCUACCAUCCCAUGCACGGCUGCCACUCUCUCGAGCUCCUGGCAGGCAUAA